AUGGCCAAUGCAUCCGCGUCUUCUGCCUCGACGACGACAACAACACCGCCAUCCGCAUGGAGUCGCCUCGUCCAACUCACAAGAACUGCAUCCGAGGGCUCCCGCACCAAAUCGACGGGAUCCUUGAGACAGCCAAACCAAGCAUCGUCCCCCAGCACUCACACAUCCUCUGUGCGGCCAGCCAAGAAGCGCCGCGUGGCCGAGUCACCACCUCCGCGAGCCGCGACGAAAUAUCUCGCGCCUCUUUCUCCAGAACUCAAUGACGUGCUGAACAUGUCGCCCCCAAAGUCAACGGGCCACAUAUCAUGUCCUCCCAUCAGCAACCAUGAUUGCAUCACAGCAUGCCCAUGCAGAGUGGAGGACGUCGACUGUGUCGCGUCGCAGCAGCGGGACGACAAGACCAGGCGUGACUUACCACGGAUCGGCCGACAACAGUCUCCCACAGUUGGCGACUUCGAUCAAGAUGCCACUCCGCAAAAGCAACUUACAGGGUCACGUCCCAGUCCUACGCAACGCAUCCCGAGCCCAGCACUACGGCGAGACACGUUUGAAAAGACGAGACCUGGGACCUUGCCACACUCGGGAGAGCAGCCGACGCCUCAAAUCACGGUGCACAAGAUCGAAGCCGAGAAAGAGCCGACAUCUUACGUCCCAUGCGAUUUGAAAAGCCUGGAGGUCGAUGGGCUUGUUGGGAGAACCGUGUCGGAGGCGAGACAGCCAUCUACGGCCCCUUCUAUGCUGGCCAUGGCGCCUGGACUGCAGGAGGGUGACCAGAACUCGGUGAACAAGACGCCGAUUUCGAAGAGGCAUUCUUCAUCCCCGGCAAGCACGGAUGAAAGCACCCAGUUGGCAACUCCUUCAUCCUCACCCACGACCAAGGCCGACACUAGAGCAAACGACAAUCAGGUCGAUGCCACCAAGCCACACAAAGUAGCCGCGGCCCCCAAGACGAAGCGACGCCUCACCCUCCACGGCGGCAGCUACGAGAGGCAGACCUUCCACAAGAAGCGCAAGACCCAACCGAAGCGCAAGGAUGGCGUCCAGACGACCCUGAGUCUUGCGAUCGGCAGCAGUGCGGGGAUGAGGGAGUGCAAACUGUGCGACACGGUGUACAACCCGUUCCACCCUGAAGAUGUAAAGGUCCAUGCGAAGAGGCAUGCGGUUGUUUUGAAGAGGGAGCGGAAGGCUGAGGAGAUCUCUGGGCUUACAGGGUCUUCCCUGGUGGAAUAG